CGGAAGUAAACAAUGAAAGCAGACGAACAGCGUUUUUAUGCAAAUAAAGUUUUCUUGCUCUAGGAGUAAAAAAGUUCAGUCCGUUUUUCCCAAAACUCCGAUUUGUGGGUGUAAACCUAUAUGCUUAAAGGGACGUUGAAUGGUUUACUUUAAUAGUUGAAUAAACCAGAUCGGAUGCACCCUUAAUAACUUGAUAGUGUGCUUUUUUCUUGAUCUCUGGCAAGCCAAAACACUACAAUGAUGCCAACUCGUAACAGCCCAACCAGUGCUGCAGGAGUGAAAUACUCCAGGUUGGCAGAGAGUGAUGAGGGCUACAUUGAUCUACAGUUCAAGAAAACUCCACCCAAAGUACCCUACAAGGCUAUCGCAUUGGCAACGUUCUUAUUUCUGGUUGGCUCUUUAUUGAUUAUUGUUGGAUCGCUGCUUUUGGCAGGAUACAUUCAUGUCAUGUACCCAGAUCGAACAAUUCCAGUUUUAAUCAUCGGCAUUCUGAUCUUUCUUCCCGGAUUCUAUCACCUCCGGAUUGCUUAUUAUGCCUCCAAAGGAUACCGUGGAUAUUCUUAUGAUAACAUCCCAGACUUUGAUGACUAAUCAAAUCUAUAUGUAUUAAAUGCGGUUUAGUUUUUGGUU